ACAGGAAUCCAUUCCCGGAUUUCGGGGAUUUUCCCCCGCCAGGGGGCGGCAGCGCGGGCGGCGCGCGCAGGAAGUGACGUCACGCGGGGCCGGUCGCGCGCGCCAGGUUCCGCUCCGGUUCCGCUCCGGUUCCCGGGACCGGCGGCGUGCGGCAGAGAUGGAUUCCCCGGACAUGAAAGAGCUGCAGGAGGAGGUGAUGGAUGACCUGGGGAUCUCCUUGGAGGAGCUCCAGGAAAUCAUCGACAAAGAAGUGGAGAACUCGGAGUGGGUGAAGCAGCGCAAGCAGCAGCUGGAGGAGCUGGAGGAGUGCAUGAGGCACAAGGAGGAGGAGGUGGCCCACGUUGACCAGCUCAUUGACGAUGCCAUGAGGGCCAUCGACAAGUGCGAGACGCUGGCCAAGGAGCUGUACUCCAUGAUGGGGCUGCAGUACCGCGACAGCAGCUCGGAGGACGAGGCGCCGGCGCCCGCGGAGGUGAUCGAGAUCGCCGACGAGGAGGACGACGACGUCCUGAGCGUGGACUCGGGCUGGAAGCGCAGCAGCAGCAGUCCCAGAAUCUCCAGGGAUCAGAGUCUGCUGCGGGAAGCAAUGGUUGCCAUGAGGAAAUCUGCCCGGGACGUUGCGAAAUUCAUGGAUGCUGUGAACAAGAAGACGAACUUGCAGGAGGCACAGAAAGAUGCACAACCCCCUCAGGAACCUCCUGGCACUGUCCAGCCUGUCACUGUCCCUGCAGCCCCUGGCAAUGAUCUCAACACUGAUGGGGACCUCAAAGUGGGCAUGAGGAUUUUGGGGAAAAAAAGAACCAAGACAUGGCACAAGGGGACGUUGAUUGCCAUCCAGACGGUUGGUGCUGGCAAGAAAUACAAAGUGAAAUUUGAUAAUAAAGGAAAGAGUUUGCUCUCGGGCAACCACAUUGCCUACGAUUACCACCCGUCUGCUGAGAGGCACCACGUGGGCAGGAGGGUGGUGGCCAGGUACAAGGAUGGCAACCAGAUUUGGCUCUAUGCUGGGAUCGUGGCUGAGACCCCCAACCUCAAGAAUAAAGACAGGUUCCUGAUCUUCUUCGACGACGGCUACGCGUCGUACGUGAAGGAGUGGGAGCUGUACCCGGUCUGCCGGCCACUGAAAAAGGCCUGGGAAGACAUUGAGGACGUUUCCUGUCGGGAUUUCAUUGAGGAGUACAUCACUGCCUACCCCAACCGGCCCAUGGUGCUGCUCAAGAGUGGGCAGCUGAUCAAAACCGAGUGGGAAGGCACCUGGUGGAAAUCCAGAGUGGAGGAAGUGGAUGGGAGUCUGGUGAAAAUCCUUUUCCUGGAAGCUCUUCCCAUGGGAACUGUGAGCUCUUCCUUCUCGUUCCCACAAGAGGACAGACGCUGUGAGUGGAUUUACCGGGGCUCCACUCGCCUCGAGCCCAUGUUCAGCAUGAAAACUUCCACAGCUUCCACCCAGGAGAAGAAGCAGAGUGGGCAAGCCAGGACUCGUCCCAACGUUGGUGCUGUGAGGAGCAAGGGCCCUGUGGUCCAGUACACGCAGGAUUUGGCAGGAGCUGGUCCCCAGUACAAGGCUCCAGAGCCGCCGCCAGCUGCACGUCCUGCGUCUCCUCAGCCCGUGGAGAUGGAGUGCUCGGACACGCAGCAGGCGCAGGGCAGGAAGCAGGUGGCCAAGAAGAGCACGGCCUUCCGCCCCGGCUCCGUGGGCUCCGGCCACUCGUCCCCGUCCUCCCCUGUCCUUGGGGACCCCCCGGCAGCCGGGAGAGCCCUUCCAGCCCUGCAGCACCGCAUCCCUGGCAGCAGCAGCGGCGGCGGCGGCGGCCCCUCGCAGCCCUUCCACGGCAUGCUGGACCGCGUCCCCAGCGAGCCGUCCUACCGCGCCCCCCUCGAGCGCCUCUUCUACCUGCCCCACGUGUGCAGCUACACCUGCCUGUCGCGGGUGCGGCCCCUGCGCAGCGACCAGUACCGCAGCCGCAACCCGCUGCUGAUCCCGCUGCUCUACGACUUCCGGCGCAUGACGGCGCGGCGCCGCGUCAACCGCAAGAUGGGAUUCCACGUGCUCUACAAGACGCCCUGCGGGCUGUGCCUGCGCUCCAUGCACGAGAUCGAGCGCUACCUCUUCGAGACGGACUGCGACUUCCUCUUCCUGGAGAUGUUCUGCCUGGACCCCUACGUGCUGGUGGACCGCAAGUUCCAGCCCUACAAGCCCUACUACUACAUCGCCGACAUCACCAAGGGCAAGGAGGACGUGCCGCUGUCGUGCGUCAACGAGAUCGACAGCACGCCGCCGCCGCAGGUGGCCUACAGCAAGGAGAGGAUCCCCGGCAAGGGCGUCUACAUCAACACCAGCUGGGAGUUCCUCGUGGGCUGCGACUGCAAGGACGGCUGCAGGGACAAAUCCAGGUGUGCCUGUCACCAGCUGACCAUCCAGGCCAGCGGCUGCACCCCCGGAGGGCAAAUCAACCCCAACUCGGGCUACCAGCACAAGCGGCUGGAGGAAUGUCUCCCCACAGGCGUUUACGAGUGCAACAAGAGGUGCAAGUGCAACGUGAACAUGUGCACGAACCGCCUGGUGCAGCACGGGCUGCAGGUGCGGCUGCAGCUCUUCAAGACCCAGAACAAGGGCUGGGGCAUUCGCUGCCUCGACGACAUCGCCAAGGGCUCCUUCGUCUGCAUCUACGCAGGGAAAAUCCUCACGGACGACUUUGCUGACAAAGAGGGGCUGGAGAUGGGCGAUGAGUACUUUGCCAACCUGGACCACAUCGAGAGCGUGGAGAACUUCAAGGAGGGCUACGAGAGCGACGCCAAGUGCUCGUCGGACAACAGCGGCGUGGACCUCAAGGACGACGACGACAACGAGAACACGGGCACGGAGGAGCUGGAGGAGUCCAACGAGGACAGCUCCGACGACAACUUCUGCAAGGACGAGAGCUUCAGCACGAGCUCGGUGCUGCGCAGCUACGCCACGCGCCGGCAGACGCGCGGCCAGCGCGACCCCGCCGAGCCGGCGCCCAAGGAGGCGGCGCUGCCGCGGCCCCUGGGCCACGACGAGCCCGCCACGGCCGCCCCCUGCAAGCUGCCCGCGUCCGAGGAGACCUCCAAGAACAAAGUGGCCUCGUGGCUGAGCUCCAACAGCGUGGCCGAGAGCUUCCAGGACAGCGACAGCGCCUCGUCCUUCAGGACGGGCGAGGGGGGAGAGGCCAAGGCUGUGAAGAUGGAGAUCCCCGCCGAGAGGGAGAAGGGCUGCGCUCCCGCGCCGGGAGAUCUCAACGGGGAGGCAAAGCCAGCCAAGAAGGAGGAACCCGAAGAACCAACCAGAAUUCCUGGGCUGAGCGGGCUGGGGAGGAGGUACGGCUACAACCCGUGUCCCCCCAAGCUGGACGGGAUCCGCCGGCCCCUGAGCGGCUCCGCGCUGCUGCAGAGCCGCCGGCGCUCGCUGGGCCUGCCGCCCCUGGAGGACGUGCUGACGCUGUCGAGCAGUACCGACAGCGACGAGGAGAACAGGGCAGGGCAGGCCCCGGGCACCACCAACGACAGCGACGACAUCCAGACCAUUUCCUCGGGAUCCGAGGAGGAGGAAGGGGAGGACAAGAAGAAUCAGUCAUCCGGCUCAGGCCCCGUGAAGAGACAGGUGGCAGUGAAAUCCACGCGGGGCUUCGCCCUCAAGUCCACGCACGGCAUCGCCAUCAAGGCGACGCCGCUGGCGGCGGCCGACAAGGGCGAGAGCGCGGGGCCGGUGCGGCGCAGCACGCGGCAGUUCUACGACGGCGAGGAGAACUGCUACAUCAUCGACGCCAAGCUCGAGGGCAACCUGGGCCGCUACCUCAACCACAGCUGCACCCCAAACCUCUUUGUGCAGAACGUCUUCGUGGACACCCACGACCUUCGCUUCCCCUGGGUCGCCUUCUUCGCCAGCAAGCGGAUCCGAGCUGGCACGGAGCUGACCUGGGAUUACAACUACGAGGUGGGCAGCGUGGAGGGCAAGGAGCUGCUGUGCUGCUGCGGGGCCAUCGACUGCCGGGGCCGCCUGCUCUGAGCCCCUGCUCCCCCAGGACCCCCCUCUGCAGAGGCCUGGUGCUCACUUUCCCUCAGUGAGGGUAAAGUUUCUUCUCAAGAGGUUCUCAGUUCUUCCAUUCGCCUGGAAACCACAGAUGGACAUGGAGCAGGGCAGACCCGGGCUGUGCUGGGGGUGAUUCCCAGCCCUGGGCUUCUCCCACCUUCCAGAAGCUCCAGUUAUCCCACAAGGCAAAGGCUCCCUCAGGGAAGGAGCUUUUCCUGCUCUCUUCCAGCUUUCCACCAAAUUCAAGGCACAAACCUCAUUUUUCCAGCAGCAAGCACUUCCUCAGUAUUCCCAGGAAGUGCUUCCCAGUUGGGACUGAGGCCUUGAAAGUGGGAGGGAGGAUGGUGGAAGAAAUCCGUGGAAGACUGGACCAAUCAGGAUUUAUAGAGUUCAAGUGAAAAAAGACAAAAAGUAAGUUUAUCUGUGUUCACCUGUGAGCUGUUUUAAAGAAUCUUUUAGUUGCUAAAAAGCAAUAAAAGUGUGUUUUUCUAUUAAAAAACCCCUACCCUGACCUUGAGACACAAAGAAGCCUGAAGAAGCAGGGCUGAACCCCUGCCCUCGUUCCUGUGGGGUUUGCAGGAAAAAUGCCAGAGGUGGAUGGGCCCAGCCUAAGGGAUAAGGAGCUCCCACAUUUUCACCUUUCCUUGACCUUUCCUCAAAACAAACACUCCUUAAACCCUCCAGCUGGGAAAAUGACAGGGAAACAGGUUGGGUUUUUCUUGUGGAAGCAGCUCCGGUGCCUGUCCCUGUCCCUGUCCCUGCAGGGAGGCGGCAGCUGGGACAGCCCCGGACGGGCUCUGGGCACCGGGCAGGGCAGGGAGGAACCGGGCACGGAUCCAGAGGGAAAAUCAAAAUCACCGGGGUCUGACAGCCACGCACAGCCCCAGGUGUGGGGCUCGGGUUCCUUUUCUGUUUGCAGGGUGGGGGAAGGCACCGGGCAGAUCCAAAGGGUUCAAAAAACCACCCUGGGAACAGAAUGAAAGAGGUGAAGUUUGACAAACUGGGAUCAAAUCUCACAUUAUUGACGUGGAAAACCCCAAUCUGGGGGUGGUGGAGCCAGUUCCAACCAUCCCACCCCCCACAGCCAACACCAGCCCAGCUCAACGCAGCCCUGAACAAGGGAGGCCUGUUGGGUUUUUUCCUGCUAAAUAACCUUUUUUUCCUUUGUAAAAUAAAACCUUUCUGGGGCCUCCUGGAGCUCCAGUUCCAUCCCGAGUGUCCACCUGAAUGGAGGCUUUGUCAUCCCAGCGGGGCCGCAGCUCCUCAGGGAACCCAAACCCCUGCUCCAGCCUGGGGUUGAAGACUUGGAGAACUUUAAGGAGAAAAAAGAAAAUAUAAAAGCCGUCAAAAUCCUCAACUCUGCCCAUUUUUAGCACUGCCUAAAGGAUCUAUGCCAAAAUAACCCCCCACCCCAGGGCCCUUGUGCCACUCACAGAAUAUGCCCAAAUCCUGUAUUUUUUUUUACCCAAGUUUAUUAGUUUAACUUCUAAUAUAUUUAACCUUUUAUUUAUUUUUUUUUAAAAAACAAGAACAACAAAACACGUUUUGGUCUGACAUUGGUUAAUGGUCCUUUUCCCCCCACCCCUCCGUGCUGGGAGGUCUCACAGCAUCCCGGGGGAUGCAGGAGACAGAGCCAAGCCCGGCUCCUUCUGUCUUCCAAAUAAAUAGAAAGAAAAGGAAAAAAAAAAAAAAAAAAAGAAAAA